UAUUCCUAGUUUUUAAACACUUCCACAUCUAGUUACCUUUUUAUUGAAAAUGUUGGUACAGCUUAUUUGUCCUAGAAGUAUAAAACUAAAAUUUUAGGAAGUGGCUCUUCCAUUUUCAUCGUUGCAGUCAAGAUGUCGCAUAGAAAAUUCAGCGCACCCCGCCAUGGAUCUAUGGGAUUCUAUCCCAAAAAAAGAUCUCAACGGCAUCGUGGUAAAGUUAAGGCUUUCCCCAAAGAUGAUCCGAGCAAACCUGUACAUUUAACGGCUUUUGUUGGUUACAAAGCUGGUAUGACUCACGUAGUCAGGGAAGCUGAUCGUCCUGGAUCAAAGGUAAAUAAGAAAGAAAUUGUGGAAGCAGUUACCAUUUUAGAAGCACCACCUAUGAUUGUAGUUGGUGUAGUUGGGUAUAUUGAAACUCCACAUGGAUUACGUGCCCUGACUACAGUAUGGGCGGAACAUUUAUCAGAAGAUUGUCGUAGAAGAUUUUAUAAAAACUGGUAUAAGAGCAAAAAGAAGGCAUUUACAAAGGCUUCCAAGAAAUGGCAAGAUGAUCUUGGCCGUAAAUCUAUUGAAAGUGACUUUGCAAAGAUUAUUAAGUACUGCAAAGUUGUGCGAAUUAUUGCUCACACACAGAUGAAAUUGUUGAGGCAACGUCAAAAGAAAGCUCAUAUAAUGGAAAUUCAGCUAAAUGGUGGAACUAUUGUAGACAAAGUUCAAUGGGCUCGUGAACAUUUGGAAAACCCGGUCCCUGUCAAUAAUGUCUUUGCUCCAGACGAAAUGAUAGAUGUGAUUGGCGUCACGAAAGGAAAAGGAUACAAAGGUGUUACAUCGCGUUGGCAUACAAAAAAGUUGCCACGUAAGACUCACAAAGGUCUAAGAAAAGUUGCUUGUAUUGGAGCAUGGCAUCCAAGCCGUGUCUCUUUCACUGUUGCCCGUGCUGGUCAAAAGGGUUACCAUCAUCGUACAGAAAUGAACAAAAAAAUCUACAGAAUUGGACAAGGAAUUCACACUAAGGAUGGCAAGAUCGUGAAGAACAACGCAUCUACAGAAUACGAUCUUACUGAAAAAACUAUCACUCCUAUGGGAGGUUUCCCUCACUAUGGUGAAGUGAAUAAUGACUUCAUUAUGAUCAAAGGUUGUUGUAUGGGACCAAAAAAGCGUGUAAUAACAUUGCGCAAGUCUUUACUGGUACACACCAAACGUUCAGCGUUGGAAAAGAUCAAUCUCAAAUUCAUCGAUACUAGCUCCAAAUUUGGACAUGGUCGUUUCCAGACCGCUGCUGAUAAGGCUUCGUUUAUGGGUCAACUUAAAAAAGACCGCAUUCGCGAGGAACAGGCACAAGCUACUACCUCGGCACCAUCAGCUACAAAUGCUUAAUGGAACACGUUGCAUACUCAAAUCUGUACGCAGUGGAAAAAUAAAAAAUUGUAUGAGAAACUUCA